UUUUCUCCAGGGUCGUCUGAGGUUGUUGGACCGGCUGACCCAGUCGUUGCCUUAGCUGGUGAUGACGUCAUUCUACCAUGUUUCCUGAAACCCAGUGUCAGUGCUGAGGACAUGGUAGUGAAGUGGACAAGAUUGAACCUGAAAGCAGAAAACGUCCAUCUUUACCUUGACGGUCGAGACUCCAAUGAGGAGCAGCAUCCAUCCUACAGGGGAAGGACAUCAAUGUUUCAUGAAGAACUGAAGAACGGCAACGUCUCCUUAAAGCUGACCAACGUUACUCUCUCUGAUGCUGGAGGAUACAGGUGCUUCCUUCCAACACUGACCAGCCAGGUGAAGGAAACCACCGUUCAACUCCUUGUUGGUGCUGUAUCUCAGCCAGUGAUCUCUAUUGAUGGAACUAAAGGCUGGGGGGUGGUCCUGAAGUGUGAGUCUGGAGGCUGGUCUCCUGAACCUGUGAUGGAGUGGCUGGACAGUUCUGGAACCAUCCUCCCUGCUGAUGGACCUCCAGAGAGACACAGGGACUCAGAGGACCUCUACGCUCUGAGACGAUAUGUCACCGUGAACAAGACUGACACCAACAGGUUCACCUGUAGAGUUAAUCAGACGGAGAUCAACCACCUGAAGGAGACAGAGAUUCAUGUCCCAGAUGACGUGUUUCCUAAAUCACAAGUAGGGUUGAUUGUUGGUCUGUCAAUAGCAGCAGCAGCUGUUGUAGUUCUUGCAUCUUCAGCUGGUGUCUACAAGUUGAUAAAAUAUACAGGUGAUGCCCGGUUUGUGAACAUACACUCCUAUUACCUCAUUCAGAAUGUUACCAUGGUGAUUCCCAUAGCAUUUUACUUGAUCCGUUCCGAGACGUACUCUAAGAUCCGUGCUGCCAGGACCAGUCAAGACCAGAUGGAACUGUUGUACGAGGCUCUAGACUUUGGAGGGAACAAGGUGAAGUCAGACUUUUACAGGAUUCUACUGGACCUGGAACCUGACCUUGUCAUCGACCAGGGUGCCUUAUUUGUGGACGUCCAUAAGGAUCACCUCAUUCAAAUGGUUACCCAGGUGAAACCCAUCAUGUAUGAGAUGUUCUAUGCGAAGUUGUACUGUAACAUCAGGAUCAAUCUGAUGACCAGCCGGGACCAGAUGAAACAGUUGUACCAGGCCCUGGAAGAAGCCAGCCACGACACAGGAAGGGUGAAAUUAGACUUUUACAGGAUUCUACUGGAUCUGGAACCUGACCUUGUCAGAGACCUGGGUAAGAACCUCUCUACCUCUGGUUACAUAUCACUGGAAUAUAAACCUUAUCUAGUCUAUCACCUGGGUAAGAACCUCUCUACCUCUGGUUACAUAUCACUGGAAUAUAAACCUUAUCUAGUCUAUCACCUGGGUAAGAACCGCUCUACCUCUGGUUACAUAUCACUGGAAUAUAAACCUUAUCUAGUCUAUCACCUGGGUAAGAACCUGUCUACCUCUGGUUACAUAUCACUGGAAUAUAAACCUUAUCUAGUCUAUCACCUGGGUAAGAACCUGUCUACCUCUGGUUACAUAUCACUGGAAUAUAAACCUUAUCUAGUCUAUCACCUGGGUAAGAACCUCUCUACCUCUGGUUACAUAUCACUGGAAUAUAAACCUUAUCUAGUCUAUCACCUGGGUAAGAACCUCUCUACCUCUGGUUACAUAUCACUGGAAUAUAAACCUUAUCUAGUCUAUCACCUGGGUAAGAACCUGUCUACCUCUGGUUACAUAUCACUGGAAUAUAAACCUUAUCUAGUCUAUCACCUGGGUAAGAACCUCUCUAUCUCUGGUUACAUAUCACUGGAAUAUAAACCUUAUCUAGUCUAUCACCUGGAGAUGUUCAGAAAUCAGAUUGGUUCUCUACUGGACCUGCUAGGUUCUCUACUGGACCAGUUAGGUUCUCUACUGGACCGGUUAGGUUCUCUACUGGACCGGUUAGGUUCUCUACUGGACCUGUUAGGUUCUCUACUGGACCUGUUAGGUUCUCUACUGGACCUGUUAGGUUCUCUACUGGACCGGUUAGGUUCUCUACUGGACCGGUUAGGUUGUCUACUGGACCGGUUAGGUUGUCUACUGGACCUGUUAGGUUCUCUACUGGACCUGUUAGGUUCUCUACUGGACCUGUUAGGUUCUCUACUGGACCUGUUAGGUUGUCUACUGGACCUGUUAGGUUCUCUACUGGACCUGUUAGGUUCUCUACUGGACCUGUUAGGUUGUCUACUGGACCUGUUAGGUUCUCUACUGGACCUGUUAGGUUCUCUAGUGGACCAGAUAGGUUCUCUACACUAUGGGCUUCUAGAGUUAAGGGGGAGUUAG